UGAAGUCGAAAGACCAGCAUAUUGAAAACCAUGACUUUCCACCUUUAUAAAUCCCCCUCCAAUACCUUCAUCUUCUUAAAAAGUGUAGAAAACUAAAGCAUAUGGCUGCCAUGGUCACCCUCUCAAGCUCCUGCGUCCAGCUGAUCCUCUGUUUAAGUGUCUUGCUCCUUUUACCCUUGCCUUACUCUUCUGCUGAUCCUGAACCAUUACAGGACUUCUGUGUUGCAGAUCUUAAUUCCUCUAUUAGUGUUAAUGGCUUCCCCUGCAAACCAGCCUCAGAAGUGAGUUCAGAAGACUUCUUCUUCGACGGGCUGAGCAACGAGGGCAACACAAGUAACGUAUUCGGCGCGCAUGUCACAACCGGAAAUGUUCUUGCAUUCCCCGGUUUGAACACGCUAGGGCUUUCGAUGAAUCGGGUUGACUUCGCUCCCGGCGGAUUAAAUCCACCUCACUCGCACCCUCGCUCAUCAGAGACCGGUGUAGUGAUUAAAGGGAAGGUUCUUGUAGGGUUUGUCACAACAGGGAAUGUGUUCUACUCAAAGGUUCUGACUGCUGGGCAGAUGUUUGUGAUUCCCAGAGGGCUGGUUCACUUUCAGAUGAAUGUUGGGACGGGGAAGGCCUUGACCCUUACUGCUUUCAACAGUCAACUACCAGGGGCUGAUGUCCUGCCCUUGACUCUUUUUGCUUCAAAACCAUCUAUACCUAAUGAUGUGUUGACAAAAGCAUUCCAAGUAGAUGAAGAUGUUGUAAAUGGCAUAAAAUCCAAGUUUGGUGUCUAGAAUGUUAUUCGUGGGUACUGAUAUCUGUCUCUACUAUGCAUCUGAUUGUGUUCGUUUGUAUCUUUUCUCAUAAUACACUAUCAAAUAAACAAACAAUUGCAAA